AUGACAAGCCCUUGCGCAACUUCUCCCACGCAAAAGUCUACUUGCGCCACCUCAUCUACUUGUGUCAUAUUCUUAUCUCUGAAGCAUCUCUUAUCAGAGCAUUGUGUCCACUUGCAGAUCAGCAAGAAAUCUUGUCGACGGUACCAAUUGACUCUCCUUCAUCUCACUCACGAAACCCUACUUGAGCCAUCCUCUCUUACGCCGUCUAAUCUGUUGCAAGAAGAAACCCUACUCUGGUGCAUCUCGGGAUCGAUCAGGGUGUUAUCAAUGAAAAGGGAUCCCUACACUCUUGCCUUGCUACUUGAUGAAGUGAUGCAGGAAGGUGACUCUAUCUUAACAACUCGUGUGUGGGAGGCAAUUGUAAAAUCAUUUGCAAACCAAAUGAAAUCCACUCAGCAUCAAGUUUUGACAAAGAGAUAUUCACAAUUGGAUACCCAAAGCUCUUCUCUAUGA